CUCGAUUUCCCCGAAAGUGAAGGCGCCUCAGGAUCAGCGUUUCCAUCAUGGCUUCGGCAGAUAUUGCCCAAACGACACAGUCGGGAGAUAUUACUCCAAAGGCGGAAAGAGAAAUUCGGAAGAAGAAGAUGUCGGAACCACUGUACGACCUUUCGCACGGGUCAGCGACGAAUGGGGACCACACUCCAUACGGUUCCAUGGACGGUGAAAGGAAGACGUGGCCAGAAGACCAAAGUCCCUGUGAGUCCUCCGUGGCCCAUGUUUUCUCUCACGUCAUGCGGUGCGCAUCCAUAGAAGGGAGGUUUGAGGAAGUUGGGGAUGUUUCCUGUGUCGCGAAGGCGAGGCCGGGUUACCGGAGAGGGAAAUACGUGGAUUCCCAGGACCCUCCAUCCACGGUUCGAGUGAAAGGCUUCGUUUCUAUUCCCGAAGAGCUCAGCCUCAUCUGGCAAGAGAACGAAACCCAGGUAUCCUCGAAAUUCCCUCCCGCACGAACGUGA